AUGUUUAUGUUCGACUUUUCAAAUACUCGCCAAACUUUAAAAGACUUAGAAAACGAUUUGCGAUGCAGUGUUUGUGGCAGCCUAGCAGGAAGUCCCUGUACCUUGGGUGGAUGUGAACAUAUAUAUUGCAGUGCUUGCUGUGAGAAGUUGCUGGGUCAAAGCUGUGUGGUAUGUCACAUUCCUGUUCAUGUCAAAGAUGCCCAGGUGAACAGGCAGCUGUUCAACCUUGUGAACCUCUGUAAACGACUUGGUCAGAUUCUGAACAACGCAGGGAGCAAUGAUUCAGAAAACAUAAUAGAACCUGAAGUAGAAAACAGUGCGACUAAAUCUGAUGCCAUCCCAGAUGUUUACGACUUUGUGAGUCCUGAACUCUCUACUCCAACCAAGCUAUCUCACAAACAGGAAGCUUCACGUAACAAUGGAAAACAGAAAAGAAGAUCUAGAUCAUCAAAAAUCGGGGAAAAGUUGUCAAAUCCCUGUCAAGAAAGUUUGCCAUCAAACAGCACAACUACAUGUAAUCAUGACUUGACAAGCAAUAAGUCGAGGGGGAAAGCUUUAAGUCCAGGAGUCAGAAGGAAAACUAGGUCAACGGAACCAGAAGACCAGACCACCAUGACCCAGUUCUUUGACUAUAUGGAGACCAAUGAUGAAACCAACAUUGACAAUGGCAGCAGUGCCGCAGCAAAUUUCAGUUCAGCAGAUAAAAGUACUGAAAAUAAAUCUGGUGAAAAGUCUAAAAAAGGCAAGCUUAUUGGAGAGUCAAGAUUUAAGAUGGGAAAAUCAAAAGGUUCUAAAAUUUUAAGAGUAAGAAAGACCCAGAAUAAUGACGAGGAAGAUGAUGAAGAUUUAUCCUUGCAGAAAAGAGAUGAAGGGAAUGUGUCAAAAGUCAAUAUGUCUUCUAAUGAACAAAACAGCGGUGACAGAAGUGGUCCACAUGAAGUAUUUGAAGUUCAGGAGGAGGAAAGAACGUCAAGUCGACCAUCUAACCAUCUGAAGAAGGCCAAGAGGAGUGUUGGUGCAUGUGAAACUACUUCCUCUAUCACAGUGCCAUCUGACAACAAAAAAGCCAGGAGAAGUGUUGGAGCUGCUUCUACUUCUAUUGACAGAAAGAAAACUAGAAGAAGCUUUCCAGCUUGCCUAAGUACAGAAGAUGUUUCUUUUACAACUCAAAAAUCCGAAAAAAUGACAAGGAUUAGCUCACAUCAACAGAAGAAUCAGGAUAAUUUAAACUCUUCUUUGAGUGGUUCUGGGAAAGGAAGUCACUCUCUCAUUGACAAGAAGAAUGCUAAAGGAGAAACCCCACUUCAAGUGGCUUGUAUCAAGGGGGAUUUAGAAAAAGUGCAGUCACUUCUCUCAUCUGGAGCAAAUCCCAACAACAGAGAUAAUGCGGGCUGGACACCACUGCAUGAGGCUUGUCAUUAUGGCCAUGUGGAGAUAGCAGAGAGACUGAUAACUGCUGGGGCACUGAUUGAUGUCCCAGGAACUGAGAACGAGACGCCAUUACAUGAUGCUGUCAGACAUUUAAAGGUGGACUGUGUCAAACUACUUGUUCAACAUGGUGCUUCAGUAAAUGCUAGAAAUAUAAAAGGUCUGAGUCCUGUCCAGUUAGCUGGGAGUAAUGCAGAGUUAAUGUCUGCCCUGGAAACAAAGGCUCAGGACAUAACAACACAUACAGCUGUCCAGGUUGACCCUCUUUCAUACCAAAGUCCAUGUUUCCUUAGCACAGGCCUGUCUAGAGACCAGAAAAUCACACUACAGAAGUGUGCCACCAAACUCCAGGCUAAGGUCACUGAGGAUUUCUCCCACGAGGUGACCCACAUAGUGACAUCUUGUAAUAAGAAUGGACUUUGUCCUCGGACUAUGAAGUACCUACAAGGAGUACUGACUGGACGCUGGAUUGUAAACAUGGACUGGGUAGAAAUGUGUCUGGAGUAUGGGAUGAAGGUGUGCGAGGAGGCAUUUGAGAUCCCGGGAACUAGUUCAGAUCCUGAAUCCCAUUCGGCACAGAAAGGCAGAGUCAAUCGUCAACAGCAGUUGCCAGGAUUAUUUGAUGGAUGCCAGUUUUACUUCUCUGGAAAUUUCGAAUACCCAACCCCCGACAAGGAGGAGCUUAUUGAUCUGGUAAAACUAGGAGGGGGUCAUGUGAUUCAGAGAGAGCCCAAACCAGGCCACAUUCCUGAAACAGACCUCACCAUACCCUACCACGCUCCUGCUGGCAUGGAAACCUGCUGUAUAUUUAUCAUCCAUGACAACAAUUGUCAAUUUCAGCCAAUCAGAACUCCCGUGAUAACUAGUGUGAGGGCAUCUUGGGUAAUGGAUUGUAUUAGUCAGUUCAAAUUAAUUAAAACUACAGUGUAACAAUGACUAUAAGGUUUAUUUAUGGCUGUUUUUGUUAACAUUAUGUACAUUGUAGUAAGGAGUAAUCAUUAAUACAUAUAAAGACGUAUCCAUCUUGCUUUUGUACAUACUUGUACAUUUAUUGUAUGCAUAUUUUUAUCUUAAUUGGUCUGUAUUGAUUAUCACUACUGGGUUUGUGAAUAUGGAAAAAUGAGAAUGCUUGAAAUUGGAUAUCUGUACAAUUGUAGAAUUUGAUAAAAUUUGUUUUAUCUAUGCAAUGAAUAGAAUGAACAAAUUAAAUAUAAUAC